AUGGCGCCAACUACUAACGUUAUGAGCUCGCCCACAAAGGAACAGAGAAACCUGAGAUUUGGAUUGGUGUCGUUUGACAUUUUAACCGACAUUCUGUCCAACCUAAACAAGAGAAACAAAUCCAACUUGGAGAAUGUGCCAGAUCUCUGUGGAUGUCUCAAAGAAAGGAGAAUAGUGGAGUGUGUAUUUCGUCUUUGUGAGGAGCUGGGACUGAACCCUGUAGUUGGAUAUCAGGCCAUCGAAAUACUGGAGAGGUUCACGGCCAAAUAUAUUGAAGAUCUAAUCCACAGCAGCCAGAAAGGUCAGCCGAUGCAAGGUUCUUCAUCUGAGAGCUACGAGGAUCUCAUCUUCCAAACACUCAAGAAGAAGCUCUUUCUCUUCAUCCUCUCGAGCGUUCAGAUAGCUAGCAAACUGGACCUGUUCUCGAAUGUGGUUAAUAAUGAUAUUGCAAUGAGAUUUCUGCAGGCAGUCAAUUACCCUUCCUCCAAAGAGCAACUCUUGGACUCGGAGAUUCUCAUUUUAAAAACUCUCAACUUUAAUUUGAAUGUCCCAAAUCCUGUAACGUACGUAGAGACCCUUUUGGAAGUGCUGGGCCAUAACGAUGCAACCGUCCCUGUGGCACAGCUGCAUCGCCUGUGUGUGCAUGUACUGCAGUUUAUUUACCUGCAGAGGGAGACAAUCUACACCUCAUUGCUUAUAUCUGCCACCGGAUGCCCCAGUCCUUCUGAUGAGCAAAGAGCCAAGUUUGUGUCGGUGAAGGAGGAUUUCAUGCUUCUGGGAGUUGGAGUCAUUGCUGUGGCCGCCUUCAUUCAUCACAUCUCAACAUGGGAAAAGGUAGUGGAGGAGCUGACAGGGAUAACAGGGAUUUCAGGCCAGAGUAUCAUGGACUUUGCGUAUGUCACCCUGACACACAUCACCAAGACCAAAUCCAUGUGACACUUGAAGUCAGAAAUAUAAAGUGUGAGGAACAGAUUAGAGUAAGAGUACAGAUAAAAGAAGACUGGUGAUGGUAACUGUACACAGCAUGAACAAUAUUACUUUCUAUUUUGAUUUCUCUCUCUCUCUCAAAAAAAAAUUCAGUCUGUUGUGAAUUAACAAUGUAAAGAUAAAACACUGAAAUAAAAUAACUUAUUAUUUA